AUGGACCUGUACCCAUUUCACCAAAAAAUAAACACGCAUAAGGAGGAAAGCUAUGCUAAUUGCAUUAUUCCCAUGAAUUUAAGGGAGCACUAUAAAAAUUAUGAACACAAAAGUAGCCAUAAAGAAAUAAAACAAGUUGUGCGAAAAAAUGCAAAAAGAGUACGUGAUGUGGUAUUGACAAGUUGGUUAAUCGAACGAAUGCAUCCAUUUGAUAGUGACAAACGGGAAGAUAUAAAUACAUGUAAGAGCAAUGGUGGAAUGUGCGAUAUUUUAUAUGUAGAUUUUGUUUACACUCAAUUGAUAAGACACACGUAUGUGUUACUGAGUUUUCUAAAAGUGAAUAAAAGGAAAAACAAAACCUUUAAUUUUAACAAAAUAUAUAAAUAUAAAUAUAAUUAUAAGUCAUGUGAACAGAGAGAAGUAAUGGAAUAUAUGGGAAAUUAUGGCAUCCAUAUCAAUGCUGAUGCUUUGGGUUGUUUUCAAUUUUUUACAUAUUAUAUGGGGGGGAAAAAAAAUAAUAAAAAAAUGAAAACAGAUAAAUGUGAAAAUAAAUCCAAUUUUAACAUGUGCAUAUAUAUACCAACAAAAAAAGAAAUAGAUAUUUUAUUUAUUAUUCACAAAUUGUAUAAAUAUUUUUAUUUUAAUUUAUAUGUUCCAAUAACAACGGAGGAAGAAAAUAAAUUAAUAUUUUUCCCAUUCGACUUGACAAAUAAUUUAUUAAUCAAAGACCACUUUGGUAUAUUCAUUCCAUACUUAUAUGUGCACUACAAUUCAAAAGGAGAGAUAAAUAAGGACAAAAACUUACACCUAAAUUCUUCCAAUUUAGUUACUGAUAACAUAUACAAUUUUACUUUUAACGAUCAUGAUAAUAUAUUUUUUAUUCCUCUCAUUGCAUAUAACAAAUAUGGUGCUCGAAUUGGCAGUGGGAAAGGUUACUACGAUAGAGCACUUAAACCAGGUGAUAAUAAAAAAAAUAACAUAAAAAUUUCCAUAUCCUUCGAUAUUUUUUUAUAUGACAUUGAUUUUUUAGAGAACACGGACAUCAUUUUGGACUAUGUAAUAAAUGAGAAGGGUAUCUAUUACUUCCAGUUCUGA